AUGUUCGCCCUUUAUCUUACUGCAGAGCUGGAGGGGGUCACGAACCUUCGCCCCGAUGACAGCGAGGGUAACCCCUUCUGGUACACUUUCAAAGUCCAGUGUACUUCGUGCCGCGAAGUCCACGACAAGACCGUCGGUGUCAACCGAUUUGAGAACAACGAGAUGAGCGGCAGCAGGGGCGAGGCCAACUUUGUGUGGAAGUGCAAGAACUGCAAGCGCGAGUCUUCGGCCUCUAUCAAGGCCGCCCCCGCCGCCUAUGAGCAGGGAGAGCCCGCAAAGCAGCAAAAGGUCAUUGAGUUCGACUGCCGUGGCCUUGAGUUUGUCGACUUCAUUCCCGAGGGAGAGUGGCUCGCAGAGGGCGCGGAUUCGGGCACCAAGUUCACGGCCAUCGAGCUCACCGACGGAGAGUGGUUCGAUUACGACGAAAAGGCUGGCGAGGAGGUCAGCAUCAAGGAGCUGAAGUGGGAGAUCAAGCGUGCUUAA